AUGUCCCGCAAAAAGGCGGGUAAGGGCAAAAACGGCAACAGCAGCCCGAUGACAGGCAGCCCCACCGGAAAACAGAACGGGAAAACUGGGAAGAGCACCGCAGGGACGGGGAGCGUGGUGCAGGCGAACGGUAUGGUUCAUCCGAGCAGACCCUCACUCAGCAACAGCAGCGAGUUUUAUGACAUCGCAUUCAAGGUGAUGCUGGUGGGAGACUCCGGGGUGGGGAAGACCUGUCUGCUGGUGCGCUUCAAAGACGGAGCCUUCCUGGCAGGAAGCUUCAUCUCUACUGUGGGCAUCGACUUCAGGAAUAAAGUGCUGAACAUUGACAGACUGAAGGUGAAACUUCAGAUCUGGGACACAGCUGGACAGGAGCGUUUCCGCAGCGUCACACACGCCUACUACCGUGACGCCAAUGCUCUCCUGCUGCUGUAUGACGUGACCAACAGAACAUCUUUUGACAACAUCAAG